GAGGACGUGCCUUAGCUCAUCAUCUACCAAAUCACACACUCUAAUCCUUUUCUUUAAUGAGUAGGACUGAUAGUCAGCACUGUAAUCCAUCGUCAAUGAUCUAAAGAAUCCAAUGAUCGCGCUAUAGUCUCUUUCUAAAUUAUACCUUCUAUUAAUUGUCGUCUACAAAAGAGAGAAGGGGACAGAAGAUUGCAGUUCCUUCUGCUAAAAGUUCUGCAGUUUUUGCAGCUCGAGAACGAGAAUUGAGCGGCAGGGGAAAUGCAGGCAUGCAUUCGAAGGCGAGCCUUGUCGCGGAGCAGCCGCGCCGGAGGCAAUGGCGGCGGCGGCGCAAGGCUGAGGAAGAGCCAAAGUGACAGUGCGGCGUCGGUCGAGAAGCGGAAAAAAUCCAAUUUUGCGGCGGCGGACAAAGAGGAGAGCGGCGGAAGCAGCGCAGUUCAGCUCAAGAAAUCCCUCUCUGAUUUACCCUUCUCGCGGACCGAUCAGCGCGAGAUGUUCGUCAACAAGGAAAUGGAUAAGAAUGGCGAGAAGCCGAGGAGCGCGGAGGAGGAGGAGGAGCAGAUCCCUGUGUCGGUCGAGGACGAGGAGAAGAACCAGAGCCUCGAGAGCUUGCUGUCAGUGGACGUGGUGGAAAAGGAGCAGAUUGUUCUCGUGGCAGAUCGAAAUGCUGAAGAAGAAGAAGAAGAAGAAGAGGACAGCGAAAUGCAAUGCGUUGAGAAUGCAGCGAUGAAUCUAGAGUCAGAAGCACAGCCACCACCUCCUCACGGUAAGCAUCUGUUCAUCCAAUCAGUCGAAAGAGAAGAACAACAAGAACAAGAAGAACAAGAAGAACAAGAAGAAAAGUGCGAGGUCGUUUCAUCCACCAGGAUGCAAAGCAUUGAAGAUUUAGUCCUGUGGAAGGACGCAUCGAGAUCCGCCUUGGUUUUCGGCUUCGGAACCUUCCUCCUCCUCUCCUCUUCGUACGCCGAGGAAGUCCAUUUCAGUAUGAUUUCAGCGAGCUCUUACGUUGGACUUACCUAUCUCGCAUUUGUUUUCCUCUGCAAAUCCUUCAUCCGCAGAGGAGAAGAACAGUCGCAGUGCGACGAGAGUUGCAAUGUAGUUGAAGAAGAAGAUGCAAUCUGGCUUCUAAAAAUGCUGCUUCCUUACAUCAACGAGCUACUUCUGAAGCUCAAAACUCUCUUCUCCGGUGAUCCAUCAACGACUUUAAAGUUGGCUGGAGUUCUAUUUGUGAUGGCGAGAUGCGGCAGCAACAUCACAAUUUGGAGUCUUGUCAGAUUGAUGUUUUUUGGGGUCUUCAUCGUUCCAAAAGCCUGCUGUUCCUACUCUUCUUAUCUGACAAAACUUGGGAGAUUUUGGUUGGAUAGGGUUAGGGAUGGGUGGGAGUCAUGCACCCACAAGAAGGCCGUGGCCGUUGCCAUAUUUUGUGUUAUUUGGAACAUAUCGUCGACUAUCGCUAGGGUUUGGUCAUUCUUCAUGCUUGUGGUGGCUGUGAAGCUCUACCAACAAUCUGCAGCAGAGAACAGCAGCAGCAGAGAAGAAGAAGGAGAAGAACAAAAGGAAGGACAAGAAGAUUCCAUGGCAGGACAAAGCCAGCUGCUCAAAUUACACUGAUUACCAUAAAAAAAGGAAAAAGAAAACAGAUCAAAGUGGUGAUCUGACACCAAACUUGAAGAACAGUAAGGAAAUAUAAUCUUAUCGAGGCAUCUUCUUCUUCAGAUCGCAGUGUUUGUCGGUAUAUACUGUAAUUGAGGCAUUUCACCAAACAUGUGGUAUCCAUGCUGUCUAUUGCACCAUGUGGAGUGAGUUAAUAAUGAGUGUGGAGAUUUUACCAUAUAUUAAUUAAUUAUCUUUUGCAAUUA